GUCAAGUGUAUAAUUCCUUUCACCCAUUGUUGCUGCUCCUGCUCCUGCUUCUGCUUCUGAAACAACACACUCCAACAUUCCAGGUUACAAAAACGAUCAAGCUUUGCUUCUCGCAUAGGAUCGGAAACAUAUUCGAGGGUUGAUCAUGAUAAAGCCAUCGGGUACCAGAAACCAGAGGUGCAAAGGCGUCAAGGUAAAGCAUGUGUUGCAGAUAUGUGGGAUGCUUGCCCUUUGCAUCUGGCUGCUGCAUCAGUUUAGAAGCACUUACGAUCAUAAUGCCAUUGGACUUGUUCAAACUGUAAUGAGUGGGAAUGGGGCUUUGAAACUUGGGAGGAAGGACCUCGAUCCUCGAAUUCAAGUGUCGUCGACGAUGGAGAUCAUCGAAACCGGAGAAGUUGAAGCCGAAGAUGAUAAAAGAGGGAGUGACCAAGAGAAAUCUGAAGGAGAAGAAAGCGAAGAAGUUGAGGAUCUCAUUGAUGAGGAAGAUACACUCGAAAGUAGCGAUUAAAAUCUCGAGAAAAUUGAGAUACAAAGCAUUUAUGACGAGAAGUCGAUGUGUACACUUCUGCUUCCUUUUCUUUCGAUCGUGAGAAAUUGGUUAAGAUCGUAAAUAAUUAGGAAGGAACAAAAUCAGUGUAGUGCUGUAUCAAUACGAGUUUUGACUUGUAAAAGUAUGUAUAAUG